UCGACGUAUUUCCUGACAAAUAAGAAUACAAGCGAACUUGCAAGCCCUGCCCAAAAGUACUACAAACGGCAACAGCAAAAGGGAGAGACGAAGAGGAAGAGCAUCAACGACACAAUCCUUCAAAAGGAGGACGAGGUCAGACUCAAGCAGUUGAUCCGGGAAAACCUCAGAGCCCGGAAGCGGUCCCAACUAUCCCAACGAGGGGCAGCACCCACCGUGGUGCAGUCCCAAGCAGAACAGGAGCACGAGCAACACCAUCUUCAUCAGAUGCCCGGGAUGGGGUUCCCAACAGUCCCUAGGCUGAGCUUCGGUGCAUGUGUUCAGACUCAUCAGAUGCAGCCCGCUCCGCCUGUCUCUUGGAACAUGGCGCCAAAUACACCCAAUUGCACAUCUUCAGGAGGAACUCUACAGAUCCAUCAGAGAACCAGCCAUCCCGCGCCCGCCUCUGGUCUCAGCUGCGCCAAUACAACACCGCAUACACAAUCCAUCACGCAGGAGUUUCAGCCAUCGCCCACUGCUCAUCCACUGGUCCAGCCCCAUCUCCAGCACAAUACUACUAAUCUUUGUUACAGAUUAUUCCAACUGAUUAUUAUUAUAUGGAAAGCAGAAAUUAUGCUGUUGCAAGACCUUACUUUGAACCAAAUGGAGUUUAUGCUGUCAGUUUUGAGGAUAAAUUAGUUAAUAAGUGAUCCUGUUUGUUUGGACAGAUGCAACACCAUCUUAAUCAGAUGCUCGUGAUGGCAGCUCCGGCUUUCUCCAGGCCGAGCUUCGAUGUAGGUGGAGGACAUACUCAGAUGCAGCCCAUGGCGCCAAACACACCCAAUGCAUAUCCUCGGGAGGAACUCUUCAGAUCUGCCAGAGGACCCGCCAUCACACGCCCGGCUCUGGUCCCACCUGCGCCUAUUCAAGAGCUUACGCAAUCCAUCAGACCGGAGUUUCAGCCAGUGCCCACUGUUCAACCAAUGGUACGGCCUGCCGUCCCACACCCGGCUCUUCAGUUUGGAGGACCUGCCCCAGUCGUCAGAUCCGUCGGAGGACCCGCCAUCACACACCAGGCACUGGUCCCACCUGCACCUAUUGAAGAGCUUACACAAUCCAUCAGACCGGAGUUUCAGCCGGUGCCCACUGUUCUACCAAUGGCACAACGCCGUCUUGAUGAGAUGCUCGUCAUGGUAGCCCCAGCAGACUCCAGGCCGAGCUUCGACGUAUGUGGUCAGACUCAGAUACAGCCCAUGCCGCCAAACACACCCAAUGCACAUCUUCGGGAGGAACUCUUUAGAUCUGUCGGAGGACCCGCUGCCCCUCACCCAGGUCUGGUCCCACCUGCACCUACUCAAGACCUUACACAAUCCAUCAGACCGGAGUUUCAGCCAGUGGCCACUGUUCAACCAAUGGUAUGGCCCCAUCACCUGGACACAGUGCCACUACACUGAUGCCGCCACUAAUUGGUUGGGACGACUGUUCAAUUCAGAGCUUCAACAUUUCCGGUGGUACCACCCCGAUAUCUCCAGUGGUUCAGUAUCAACAAGUCCAACCAUCCUUUUACGACGACCAGCACAUGUGCAGCUUUUCAGACCAUGCCUACGCCAAAAGCACCACUGAGGCGGAGCACCGGCGCAUAUGAGAAACAGCCUGGCUGCUUGACCAUAUGGACUGUCUUCCAUAUAGACACAACUUCUUGCAUGAUCCAUGGGAAUCAUUAAUUCCUUUACAUCUGCGUUUAGUAGAAUGUCUUCUGCAAACUUAGAGAUUCUUGUUACCUCUAAUGACUAAAGUCGAUCAACUUUAUCAAUACUUUGGUCGAGAUAAUUAGCGAAAUUGUUAGUAUAACCUUUGAAAGAUACUAGAGGACCAGAAACUAUGGGAUGAAGCCUUCA